AGCCUCCCUGAACACAACAACUGCCUUCUACAUGCUCGCAUUACCCUGUAUCUAUUUAGUUCAAUAGAAACUUCGAACGCGGGUCGACAUUUUUGUUGUUGAAAAAACAGUCGUCGUUAACGAAAAUAUUUGCGGAAAAUAUCGAAGUCGGUGUACAUCGACUGUAUUUGGAGCUGAUAUCGCCUCUGGUGGUGAUUUCGGAAAAAUUGUCUGAUUUGGGUGUCGUCCUCCUGCCGAGUUUCAACUUUACCGCCAUAAUUGAGGAGUUGAUGCAAGAAACUAAGCCAUACGUGCCGCAUUUGGAGUGUCCCUGUGUUAACAGCCCCCCGUCGUACGACAGAAGCAUGUUUCUCACAGCUACAGAGUCUUCGUAUAGCGGGUUCAUGCGAGAAAGGAGCUGCGCGUGGAUAACCCCCCAACACCUCCCCACAAAGGUUACUCUCCCCCGCUUCCCGCCAUGCCGAAACCCGCCGUGGACACGCAUGCGCACAUGCGACCAGUUGUAGAUCCUUACCAACUCUUCGGAGCAGCCAGUAGCCGCCUUGCAAACACAGGUAGCGGACAAAUUCAACUUUGGCAAUUUCUACUAGAAUUAUUAUCAGACAGCAGUAACGCCAAUUGCAUCACGUGGGAAGGAACGAAUGGAGAAUUCAAACUCACAGACCCGGAUGAAGUUGCACGACGAUGGGGAGAACGUAAAAGUAAACCAAACAUGAAUUACGACAAACUGAGCCGAGCUUUACGGUAUUACUAUGACAAGAACAUUAUGACCAAAGUACACGGAAAGCGAUAUGCCUAUAAAUUCGACUUUGCUGGACUGGCUCAACAAGUACAGAUGCAGUCAGAAGCUAACACAUAUAAAUACCAACCAGAUCUAUCAUAUAUUUCGGGGUAUGGACAUGGACAUAAAUUCAAUUUCAUGCCCACUGGCAUGCCGUCGUCGUCUACGUCUUUUUUCGCCCCACCAAACUCAUAUUGGUCAUCGCCGACAGCGGGCAACAUCUACCAAACCAGUCACGUGACGCAUCAUCCACCCAAUCAUGUAUCGUCUAGACUCAGUCCGUACUACAGUUAAGGAGACAAUUGACAAACAAACAAACCAGGGGAAUAACAAUUGAAAUCACUUUCUCAGGUGAAUCGGAGUGACGUCACUUCCCUUCCAGUCUGCAAUAUAUUAUUUUACUGUCAAGAACGUUUUGACUGCAAGUACAUUUUUAAAACGUGCAAUAUUUUAAUUAGCAUAUUAGAUCGUUUUAUUGAGUGAGAAAUAUUUAUUUUGUAGAUGGCGUCUUAUUCUGGUGUCAUAUUUGUCACCGAGGUCAAACUGUGAGGUCAACAUAUUGAGAUUAGGUUUCUCGAGAAUAUGUUCGACGUGUUUCUUCAUUGUCUGUACGUAAUAAUGUGUUAAGCAACACGGUGUAUGUUGCAUACAUUACCCAUGAUGCAUUGCUGUUUAUUCACCCGUACAUUUCGCCUCACGUGAUCUGAUAAGACUGCGAGAGUAACAAUUAAGUCCGCCGACCAGCAAAACAUUGUAUUUAUUGAAAUCUACUUCUUUUUGUAGGCGUAUAAGACAGUUCCAUAAACUCGUUUAUUUAAGAAUAAUCGCGAGAAAGUAUGGAUAUUUUGGAUGCAUGAUGUGAAUAUUUAAAACU